AAUCUGUUGACCACGUUGCUUACGCAAUAUGUCGUCACCCACAGUAGCUGAUGACGCAAUAGCAUAACUGCCGUUGACGCUAGAGUCGUCUUCCCUUUGUUUUUAUAUUUCCAUCAAUUGCCCUUUCCUCUCUCUCUCUCCCUCUCUCAUCACCAUGUACCAAGCAAUUCCCUAUAGACCAUCUGUCUCCACAGUCACACGUGACCUUCCAAUCACCAGCGGAAUCCACGACACCAACGUAAUCACAAUGGUUUCAGAGAACGCAGUUAUCAUCAUCGGCACACGCGGCUGUUGUCUCUGCCACGUCGUCAAAAGACUGCUACAAGGUCUCGGAGUCAACCCUCCGGUCUACGAGGUUGAUCAAGACCGUGAAACUUCCGUCGUGGCUCAGCUGUCAACACACGCUUCCGCCGCCGAAACGGUUCAGUUCCCGGCGGUGUUUGUCGGUGGGAAGCUGCUUGGUGGUCUGGAAAGAGUCAUGGCUAGUCAUAUUUCAGGUGAACUGGUUCCGAUAUUGAAAGAUGCUGGUGCUUUGUGGCUUUGACAUGGUUCUUCUUAAUUUUUUUUACUGAUUUUGCUUGUUUUUUUUUUUUUUGGUGUUAAUUAUGAGUAUUAUAAGUUUCAUUUUUAAGCAUAUUUUACUUGAGGGUUGGAAAAAGAUAAGUACUAUCUUUAUGUUAAACAUAAAUCUGUAUAUCUUGUUUCAAUUAGUUGAUGGUGAGAACAAGUUAGAAUUGGAUUGAAUCGGAAGAUCAUAAGAUGAAUCUAUCUUUUCAAAGUUGAACAAGAAGAAUGUCGCAGAUUCAAAUCAGAUGAAUCUAUCUUUUUAAAGUUGAACAAAAAGAAUGUCGCAGAUUCAAAUCCCCAGUACUUCUGAUGUUUCUGUUAUCAAUCUGAUUUAAUUUUAACAGGAUCAAUUGGAAAGAUAUUGUCAGCUAAUUAAAUGUUGUUCUCAAUUUUGUAGUACAAAUUUAAAAUAUUAGCAAUUAUGUACAAAAAUAAGUAUCAGCAAAUAAAUAAAAUUAUAAAUUGCUAUGAACUUAUGUUUGGAAAAUGUCUUAUCAUGUCACUGAAUGGAAUGGUGCUAUAAUUUAAGUCCUACACGUUAUCUUUGUUAGAAAACCUGACCAAGUCAAAUACACGCACAUUUCACACGUGGUUCGAUAACAUACUGUAAAUUAUACAUUACAAGGAAUAUUUUAAGAUUGUAUAUAGAAGUGUUUAGAAUUGAACCAAAAAUUGAUUGUAGGUAUGGUAACAACUAACAUGGCGGAAACGGAGCCGAUUUUCAGCAUUGCUAAUCUGUUGUCUUCGCCUCUCAGUACCUCUACCCGCCCUUAAUUUCUUUGAAAAUGAUUAUUGAACAUUUAUCCUCGUCUCAAAAGGAAAAAGAGUAGUGGUGGAGGAGUUGCACUAUAUUUUUAAUGAAGAGACGUUAAAUAAUAAACAUGGGCCUGGGUCGAGUAACCAAAGCUACAGUUGGGCGACCUGAGGUUGCGUCCGCCCAACUUUAUGCUCAGGAGUGUGAGAAAUUGGUUUUCUUUUGACUUUUCAAUGAGUAUGUAGGAGUAGGGGGGCCAAUUCAUCUAAAUUAGAUGAAUUGUUCCCCCUUUAUUGGAAAGGCUAAAUUCGGCUUUCUCCUAAAAGAAUCAUCUGCCACGUAUCGACGAGAUAGUUAGACAAUAGA